AUGCCACCACCUGUUCCUCCUGUACGGAGUUUCCCGCAGCCCCCAACUCUUGGGUCUGUCCGUCAACAAGGUGUUAGGGCUCCAUCUCGCGUCAGGACUGCGGCAAACAAUGCGGCAAACAAUUCGGGUCAACCCGAUCCUUCUCCGGCCGCUAAGAUGGUGGCCGCCGCCACCACCCUUGCAUCUGGCUUGUCACCGCGACCUCAAAAGUUCAGCACCAAUUACGGCUCGGAGGCCUUUCAGCCGUUCACUCUCGAUCAUAGUCGCAACUACGCCAUGCAAAGCACGGAUCUCGGAUCGGCACUGGCCCGUGCCGCCAAGAAGAUUCAGCCCGACAAGCCAAAAGAGGAUAGCAACGCCGACGCCGACGCACCAGGUACUGCGAAUGCCGCUGCGCCUGCCAACUCAUUACUAGGCAAGCGCAAGGAGCUUGAUCUUGCCGCAGGCAGCAGGGAUCCAAAGCGCCAAAAGACGACCCAGGACGCCGGUGAGUUGGCCCAUGAUGACCAGGACUCUGCAGCAUCUAGGCCUCGUGGCGGGCGCGGAACUUCAGCUUCACGUCAAACAAGCCAGGGCGCAGCAGGCUCUUCUAGAUCUCCCGAAUCAGGAACAGACGGCAGCGUUUCCGGUUUACCAACAGAUGAUGGGUCAACAGUGAGAAGGCGUACGCGCCGGGGUUCUUCCAAGCCAUCGGGAAAUGCAACUGUGUCCACGCCUUCCAAUCGUCGGAUAUCUUGGGAUGAUCUUCCUCUUUCACGGCGGGAUCAAAGGCCUCAUAUGACAGCAUCUGAGAGACCCGAGACACAAACGGCCCAUAAAGACACCGCCAUUGAGGAAGGCGACGACGUGGACAUGAUAGAUCUCGAAGAAGAUUUCAUGGAUGAGCAGUCGGUCCCGCAAACGCCGGACCGGCCGAAUUGGACUUUCCUGCAAGUACCAGACGCCCUGUCCUCGGUUGCGCCCACAGAGAAGAGCUACAACACCGAAAGUGUGAUAUACCGGAAUACGACACUCUCAACGCCUCAGGGUCAUCCCUCAAGCCCUGCCCCGGGCUCUGCUCUGCUGGGUGCUCCUCCCCCAAAUCCUCCUUCGGGUCCUCCCACAGGUCCUCCCCCGGGCACCGCGCCGCUAGGUACUACCUUAGGUUCCUCAAGUGCUCCAGUCCCGGGAGCUCCUGUCCUGGAUCCUCCUGCCUCGGAUCGUCCUGCCUCGGAUGCUCUCGACUCAGGUGCUUCCCCCUCUGGUGCACAUGCCUCUGGCGAUGCAACGCUUAAUACGAAUGCACUCACCGAGCAGCAGACAACGGCUUCCCGCGGAACCGGUGACUCUGGAGACUUGGCGAAACCUUCUCCAGAGCCCAACCCACCUUCGAACCCAGUCUCUACAGCCGGCGUUUCAGCGAUCAACAUAAACGCAGACGUAGACAUCAUCAAUCCGUUGAACCCUAUGCCGCUGCCCCGGAGAACACCGUUUUCGUCCCGUAGAGCGCAAACUCCGGAGUCACAGACUUAUCACUGGAACUCCAGUCCCGAGCAUCGAGGCAUCAGAUCCCAUUCAGACUCACCUAAUUCGAAACGCUACGUCGCCACACACUUGAGCCAUAAUCUUGAAAGCAACUAUCGGGCCCCUGAAAUGUCUGAAUACGAAGAUGGGUUUGAACGUGCGGCCAGAGCGCGUCAGCAACAUGUUCGCAACCGUCUUCUGCCUCCCGACGUCGAGGAAGACUCGAGACUUAUUCGUGACAUCGGCGCCACUUCAGCAAGAUCCGACCUGACGUCUGCCUUUCUGCGUGCCCACACUGAAGCCCCUGAAACCCACAUCAGGCCCCCCGCGGGAGCCCGAGGGUUGUUCAUACCCAAUCACACGCUAGGUGACUCUCAGAGACGCGGCACUCUCUUUGAGGGUUCAUUUUUGGGUCGCCAACAGCCAAGGGUCCUUACUACUGGAGACGGACCUCCAAGUAGCCCUUCGAGUAGCUCUUCGGGUAGCCGUCACACCCCGAACAACGGUGCGCCUCUGGGUCGCCAUCAGAGCCGUGACGAUAGUGCGCGUCGAGAUGGCACCCAGGGCCAGGGUGAAAGUCUGCCUCCAAACGAUACCCAGGGCCAGGGCGGUGGUACGCCCCCAGAUGAGAAUCAUGGCCAUGGUGGAGGUGCGUCUCCAAGUGGCACACAGAGCCAGAGCUCGAAAGUCCAAAAGCUUCGCGAAUGGGUACAGGCCCUCAGCACAGGAUGGACUCAUUUGAGUAGGUCGAUCUGGUCAAUCAUUGACACCCUCAGCCAGUGGCAGGUCUAUCUGUUCCAAUGCAUCUGGAAUAUCUUUCAGGCGCUUACCAAAGCGCCGAUUGAUUUUGUUUCAAGCUUGUGGAAACAUUUCACCCUCAGGCGCUUUCUUGUUCCACUUUUGUUUGGCGUUCUGGCUGUUUCAGUCGCUUUGUCCUAUGACCGGCUCGCGAGCUUUGAAGGCAUUUCGUCAAACGACGGGAUUAGGUGGCAUGGUUGGCAAGAUUGGAAGGAAAGCCUUGGUCAGCUAGUAUCACCACCCUUUGGUCACAAUUUACCAGGAACCAAUGGAAACUACAGCAAGAUCGUGGCAGCUUUCAAAAGCCAUGACAAGGACAUUCUUGAAAUCAAAGGAAAGGCGAUGAUGCAAGACGCUGCUCUGGCCAAGCUGGAGCAAAUCCUGCCUGAGUUCGUGCGCAUGUCGGACGACAAGGUACCUCACGAGUUCUAUGUCGGGGUCAGGGAUUUGAUGCAGCAAGAUCCCCAGAUUCCCACCUUGGACAAGGAUGGUAACAUCUCGGAGGAACAUGCCAAGGCUAUCGAGAAGCACAUUGAAACAUUCUUUUGGCGCUGGCUCAGGGAAAAUGCUCGUCAAAUUCGACAAAUCGCCGGCAUUGGUCAAGAUUCUCAGUUAUCGGACGAGGAGUUGAACAGGAUUGUUCGUCAGGUAGCCGAGGAAAAGCCGUUUGAGGUCGUGAGCAAGGAUGAAUUCCUUCAGAUCCUCAAAAAGCAGCUCGCAAAGCAUCAUGAUGAGACUGCUAGUCAAAUGGAGAAUUUCCAAGGCAAGCUCGCGGAAUUCCGCCGCCAGCUCCAGCAGGUGAUGGCCAGAUCAUCUGGAUCCAUGUCACAAGAGCAAAUACAGCAGAACCUGGACAAGGCUCUCAGCAUGUUUGCCGGGAAAUCGCUGCUCGAGUCCUUCGCGAAAGGCCGGAUCAAGGCCACUGAUGAAGAGGUCACCAGCGCGGUGAACCACUUCUCAAUCAGAUCCGGCGCUCUUAUUGACGUUUAUCGCACCAGUCCCGCCUACAAAUGGCCAAACAAGGCACACCUUGGGCACAAGAGAUUCCAGACCGAGAACAAGAAUGGGCCCAUCAAGAGUCCCAUCUAUGCGGGAAGCGUCCUGGACCCUUGGGAGGCCGAUGGCGACUGCUGGUGCGCAGGAACAGGGCAAUCGCCAAAUCGUCGCCUGAAAACCACUGGCGAGACACACAAGGUUCCCCUUAUGGCGGCCGACAUCGCCAUCAUGACGAAGCGCGUCAUCCCGCAGGUGUUGCGGCUCGAGCACAUCAGCGCCAAGGAGACGGUCGAACCUGAGUCGAUGCCAAAGGAGGUCGAAGUUUGGAUCCAGCUCGAUGAGGACCAGGAGAUGUUCGACCACGCCAUCUCGUGGUCGAUGGCAUAUUUUCCUGAAGUUGAUCGCCACGAUCCUCUGACUGCCGACAAGUUUGUCAAGAUCGGUCACUUUGUGUACCCGAACGAGACCGAAGUGGGCCACUCCGGUGAGAACUUUUACUUUCCAAAGGAUGUGUAUCGGUUCGGGUUUGCCACGACAAAAUUCCUCAUCCGUGCCAAGAACAACUACGGUUCUCAUGACCACACUUGCUUCUACCAGCUGAUACUGAAUGGCAAACUGCUGCCCAUGGAUGAAUGA